AUGCCUCAAUCACCACUAACUGUUGCUGAAGCAAGCAGCACUGAAAAAGCAGUCACAUAUGAUGCCAAUCACCCUUACCAUCUCAAUAAUUCAGAUUCACCAGGAAUGACACUAGUUAAUAGUGUGUUUGAUGGUAGAGGAUACCCAGGAUGGAGGAGAUCUAUCCUCUUAUCUCUCUCAGCCAAGAAGAAGCUUGGUUUCAUCAAUGGAACUUGUAAAUCUCCAGAUCUGAACUCUGGAGAAUAUGAACAAUGGUCAUGCGUCAAUGAUAUGGUCAUUACUUGGAUCACAAAUGCAUUGACAAAAGACAUUGCAGACAGUGUUAUACACUCUAAGACAGCACAGGAAUUGUGGGAAAGUCUAGAGCAAAGGUUUGGGAGGUCAAAUGGUGCUAAACUCUAUCACUUACAAAAAGAAAUAACAAGUCUGGUUCAAGGUAAUGAUGAUGUUGCUAAGUAUUUCACCAAACUCAAGAAAUUAUGGGAUGAAUUAGAUGUUAUUCAUGUCAUUGUAUGCUGCUCAGGUCCUUGUGUAUGUGAGGGUAAAGCAAAACUAACAAAAUCUCUGCAGGAUCAAAGACUAAUUCAGUUUUUGAUGGGAUUAAAUGACAUUUAUACACAGGCAAGAGGGAAUAUUCUGAUGAUGAAUCCCUUGCCUAGUAUGGAUCUUGCAUACUCACUACUUUUGCAAGAUGAGAACCAGAGAGAAGUGUAUGCAAAUGCACUCAACAUCUGA